UUGUCUGAAAAACGUGAAAGAAGUGUUAAGGUUUGUAAUAAUUUUUGGGAAGACUUUAAUUCAAAAACUGUGCUGAAUGAUUAUUAUUCCCACUAGGAUCGGGAUUUUUGCCACGUCAUAAGUAACCUUUUUUUCAGAGAAUCGAGGAACUUGAAUCGCGUUUGACCAACUCGCGCAAAGAAAUCGAACAAAUCCGCGAAGAAAAUCACAAACUUGUUGAGGACUCAAAAACCCAUGAAUUCGAAAUUGAAGAAAUCAAUGUGAAAGCUGAAAUUAUUCAAAAAGAAAAAGAAGAAGCUCUCGAAAAAGCUGAACAUCUCGAAAAACUUUUGGAAGCUGAAGAAAAAGCGAGGAAAUUUGUUGAAAGCCAGAAAUUAGAGCUGGAAAAUCAGCAAAAACUUGGGAGCGAAAAGGUUUCAGCGAUUCUGGAAAAUGAGAAAACCUAUCUGGAAAAUCUGGCGAAAAUGAGCCAGGAGAUAAUGGAAAUCAAAAAGGAGAAUGAGUAUUUGACAGCUGCGCAAGAGAAUUUAAUCGAAAAUGAAAUGCAAUUGAAAAGACAAAUAUCUGAUUUGACAGCGGAUUUGAAAAAUACUGAAAAUCGUCUAGAAAUUGCUGAAAAUAAAUUGAAAUCUGAAGAAAGAUCAAGAACUUUUAGAGAGAAAGAGGUGGUGGAAAAAAAUGUGAUAAUCGCAAAACUUCAAGAAAAUCGAGAAGAAUCCGAUGAACUUCUAAGUGAACUGAGAAAAUCGAAAGAAGAGAUUGAUUUUUUGAGAAAAGAAUUGGAAAAUGAGAAAGAGUUGAGAAGAAAUCAACCAAUAACUGAUCCGAAAUUGCUGGAAAAUCUAGAAACUGAAAAGAAACAUUUGGAAGAAGAGUUUCGAAUUUUGGAGAAUUCGAAGAAAAUUGAGACGGAUUUUUUGAAAGAUGAACUCGAAAAACGACAAAAAUCGAUGGAGGAAAUGAUGAGAAAUGCGGAAAAUAAUAUGAAAUAUUAUCAGGAAUUGAGAGUGGUUAAUGAAAAAUUGAUGGAGGAGUUUGAAGAGUAUAAGGUGAGUCAGCCAUGCUCUUUUGAGUCUGAAGAGUCGUUAAAUUGUGGACUAAAAAUUCAAAAAUUAUACUCAAUGAGCUAAUAUUCAUGCUCCAAUUAUAUUUCAAAAAUUAAUUAAUUUUUUCCUCCAGAAAAACGCGGAGCAUCAGUUUUUCCAUGAAGUUGGCGAACAUCAACAAAUGAUUGAGCAUUUGCAAAAACGAUUGGUUGAAUUGGAAACUUAUCCUGGUUGGUUAUUUUAUUCUGGGUUAACAAAGUUCAUCAUGUUUUUUGCAGGCCAAAAUCUAUCAAUUCAAAAAAGUCAUCAAGAAACUCAAACAAUAGCUCAAUCCCAAACUGAAACUCAAAUCGAAACAUCUCCAAGAAAUUCGGAAAUAAAUCUCGAAAAACCUGGAUCGGAUAAAGGAAGUCAAGUGUCAUUAGUUUCUGAAGUAUCAUUUAGAUCUGCAAUUUCUCCGUCAAAAACGAAAAUCGAAAAAAUGACUGGGAAAUUGAGAGAACUUAUUAUGGUAAUUCAGUUUUUUCAAGAAAUUAAUUAGAAUUAGUUUUGGUUUUUUCAGCGAGAUUCAAAUUCAUCUUCCAAAGAAGUUUUUCGAGAAAUUGUUGAAAUGCUCGAAAAUUUCGGAAAUGAAUUAAAUUCGCCAGUCGCUGGAGCAUCUCGAUUCUAUGAGAAUUUAUCCCGAAAAUUGCGAGAAAUUGAAAAUCACUGGAAAUUUGAAUAUGAAGAAGAAUUGGAUAAAAUGAGAAGACAGAUAUUAUCAGCCGAAGAAAAAUUGGCAGAAGAAAUUGGAACACAUUCAAAUGUUUUGCGAGAAAAUCGACAGCUCGAAGCUGAAAUUCAGGAAAUUGCGAAGAAUUUGGAAAUGAAAACGAAAGAAGCGGAGCAGAAUUAUGCACUGGCACUCGGAUUCAAAGAGGAAUUUGAUUUUCAAUUUGAAGAGAAUAAAAAGAAGGCGGUGGAAAUUGAAGAAAUGGGAUUGGAAUUGGAAAAAUGGGAAGAGGAGGAAAAGGGAUUGCGGGAACGAUUGGAAAAAGCUCAGGCUGAUUUACAAAGGUUCGUUUUUUCUGGGAAUUUUGGAGGAGACUUUGUCCAAAGUACAGUACUCCAAACUGCUAAUUAUUUUGAAGUUAUCUUUUUCCUGCAGUCCGGAGCAAAUAUUAUUUUUGAAGUCUGGAUUUUCAUGAACUCAAUUUUGCAGCCAAUUUUUAUCCAAAAUUUUAAUGUUUUUUGAACUCCAAGACAAUUUUCUCCCCAUUUUCCCUAAAAAUAUCCCAAUUUUCGCAGACGACUUCGACAAGAUCUCCAACACGAAGAUGUUCAUGAUAAUGAAAUUGUUGAACUUCAAAAUGCACUUCGAAAAAUGACAAAUGAAUCAAAAAGUUUGAAAUCUGAAAGAGACAAUUUGGCCAGGAAAAAUGUGAGUUUUACUGGAAUUUUUACUUCAAAAGAUAUUGUCAAUAAAAUUUAUCUACUAUAAUUAUUUUUCCAGAAAUUCAACAAGGAAAGUUUCGAAAAAUUGAAAGAGGCCUAUCAUACUGUUGAACGAAAAGCUAACCAAUUCCGAAAAUCGAAUCAAGAACGCCAAAAAACAUUGGAUUAUGUUAUGAAAAAAGUGAAAAAGCUGGAAAUUGAAAUGGAAAAUUCUGAAGGAAAACGAAAAAUUGGAGAAUUGUAUGGAGAUUUGCAAAAUAAAACGAGCCAAAUUCAUGAUGAUGACGAUUUUUCGACGAAAUCUGAUCCGGUUUUUGAGCAAAUACAUCGAUUACAUCAACAACAACCGACUACUUCAAGAAGGAUUUUAAGCAAUUUGAAUCAGGAUUGA